UGUUUACGUUAACCUGCAAACGUCAAAGCUGGCUUUAUCCGAAAACAAAAACAACAGUUGAAACAAACAACAACAACAACAACAAAAAAGUAGUUGUUUAUGUCCAAUUUCCAGAUGGAUUGCAGCGUGUGCGGGGACACCUUCGACUCUGCCUCAGGGUUAUUGAAACAUUACGCAGACUACGUUCGCAACGAUCUUCUGAAUGGUUCUGCAGAAACGCAAUCACCAAGUGCUCACAUCAAAGCUCAAGUUAGCAGUUACGAGGAUGUAGAUUCAGGCUUCGAGGAUGUGAAUCCCAUAGCAUUGUGUCGGGUCACAAUGAACACCAACAUGCAGAAUAUGAAACCGUUCAAAUGCAAUUUGUGCAAAUCCAGUUUUACGAAGAGGACUGCCCUGAGUAAUCAUAAAAUUAAGAAACAUAACAGGGCGUUGCCACAACUCAAACCCAUCAAGUUUUUCAAGAGGAAAUGAACUGUGUAAGUAUUUCAUAAUCUAUUACUUUACUUUUACUUUAGUCAUUAAAUGCUAAGACUGAAUAAUUUCAUAACACUUCUAUUAUUAAACAAACAAGUAUUAAGAAGUGAAGAUUUGUUUUCUAAAUUGUUCAUCUGGUAGAUUCCAUGUCCAAAUUACUUUUAACACUAUAUCUCCACCAAAUUUUAUGUAUACCAUAUCUAGUCAUACGUCUAGUGAUACUUUGAUACAAAUUAAUGAUAUAACAUAAGUAUUA